UUACUGACGGCACAUGCCUGAUACACACACAAAGUUAUGUAUUACAUUUAUAAUAUCACAAUAAAAUAACAAAUAAAUGAAUAACUAAAAAACGAACCUUCAACCAUAUUUUUUUAAAAGAAAUAUAGUGUUGCAUAUUUAAAUCCAACAGAAACUAUUUAACGUGUGCAAUAUUUAAAUUAACUCACUUUCUUAUUUGUAGAAGUUUAUUAAAAAGUUUUUACUGCCACUGGUGGAUCACGAAUAACUGCAAGUGAAGGUUUAUUUUAAAUAUGCAGUGUACCGAAAUCGCCACCGGUUCUACGAUUAAAAGAUACUUUAAAGACUCGGAAUAUGGUCGACCAUUUGAUGCGUAUCUAAGUACCUUAUACGUUGAUGGCUUCCUCUGUGAUGUCGACUUGAAGGUUGGUUUUACUGUCAUCCCGGCUCACCGUAUUAUUUUGGCGUCUGCAAGUGAUUAUUUCAAAAGCCAAUUUGAAAAGGAAACCAUUGACUCUUUGGAUUUAACACCACUUAUUGAAGAUUCGAACAUAUUGUGCCUGAUUCUCAGGUAUAUAUACAAGGGCGAGGUAACUCUGUCAUAUAAGAUUGUUUACCAGCUGCUAAAAGUUCUUGAUCAGAUCGAUCUAAAUCCUUUGAAAGCUCAUUGUGCUCAAUUUCUGAUGGCGGGGCUCCGACCAGUAAAUGGAUUUCAAAUCUGGGAACUGGCUUGGCGUCACAACUUACAUCAACUUGCGACUGUAUGCUUAGUUUUUUGUUGUGAAACGCUCUGUAGUAUGGUUUUACAGAAUGACAGCAUAAAAGAAUUAUCUGCAGAAUUUUUAAAGUCUGUUCUCGGAAACGAAGAGAUAACGAUUAAUCUUAACACGGUACAUGCAAUAAAACUUAUCAUUCUAUGGCUUUCUUACAAUCCACUUAGACGCCUUUUAGAGGCAAAACAUUUAUUAGAAAUAUUUUUACAAGAAACUCCACUUCUUCGACGAGAAUAUGAGAACGUUAUUUUAUUUAUGAAUUCUUAUGAAAGUUUAGAAGAAAUUAUUACAGAACUCCUCCCAUUAUUGCAGCAACAUGUAUUUAUAACCUCUGACAAUGGCCAAAAACAAAUUAUAUAUACCAAUAAUAGUUUUGCUCAGUUUGAUAACAUAGACAAUGCAGCAUGUAGUGACAGAAAUUUGCUUCAGGUUUCUGCUCGUGUUCAUAGAAUAUUUAGAAAUUGUAAUACUCAACAUCGAGCCGGACUCGAGUCAAAGAUACACUUGAUCAAGUCAGAUGGUACAAGUGGGUGUCAAUGUCUCCAAGCCCCUCCGUAUACAACAAUAGAUGGAAAUCGUCUUAAAGUUAAAUCUGAAAUUAUUCUGCGCCAAUUUGAUUCUUAUGAAAAUUUUGCUCCAAACUGGAGUUUUCUUGUACAAGAAUCGAAUCACCAUACAGUUUCACUAUACUGUUCUUAUAGCCAUACAUGGCACAACACAUAUUUCCCUUUAUCUAUUCAGGAUCCCAUUGGUUUCGUUGGUAAUUUCCUUGCAUGCAAACGCGAAGGCAAUGUAAUAAUAUUAUAUAAUCUAGAAAUGUUUAGCUGGAUGAUUUUGCCUGCACCUUGUCCGUUGACUGAUCGCAACACUGACGAUAUUCCAUGUUUGGGUAAUGUCCAACCUGCUUUUUUCACGUAUUCAGGGCUACUAUAUUCAGUGUGUGCUGUAACUAGUCGAAACAAUGACAAAUUAAGUUUUGCUUUGAAUAGAUGGGAUACUACCGAAAGUGUUUGGAUUUAUAUAACUUCCGUGUAUCCAAACAAACCUGUAGGUGAUGUCAUAUCCGUAUCAUUAAGUGUCAAAACCUCCUCAAACUUGAAUGUUUUUCUUAUGGCGACAGUGACGGCAUUAUACAAUAGAACGAAAAGGUCUGAUAUUCGUAAGAGUGAAAGUGCUGCGGCUGAAAAUUCGUUUGGAUUCUCUACGAAACUUGACUUUGUAACUUGUGGUCGCAAUGAAACUGAAACAAAAGUUAUUAUGAAACCAAAUGAAAUAUUUUAUGUAUUUAAAAUUAAUAUGGAGACUUUAGUACAUGAAGAGGUUGGAGUGCGUUUUAGUGAGCCCACGUAUCUCGAUCAGGUUCCGAUAUUAAUUCUAGGAGAUCGUAUUCUUUUUGUUUUAGAUUCUAUUGCAAAGCUUCACGAGAACUUUCAAUAUUCUUACUACUUUCGCAAACCGUACUACAUAAAUGGAUUGGUGCUGGAUUUAAAAGGCAAAAAUUCUUGGAGUGGAGUGGCACUCGGCAUACCACUACCUCCGUUUUGUGAUUUACCAAUGAAGAAACUAGGCAAAGUGUGUUUUUCUACAACUAUUUUAUUUUCUAAGAAUUUCGUGUUGAUAGGCAUGCAUAGAGCUCCCCACAUCUUUCAGAUUGCUGUCUAUGAUGUCUUCCAUUUACAAGUAAAUAUUCUCAGUCCUAUACCACUUCCAGCAAUCAGGAAAUUGUUUCUAUUUUCUAUCGAUAUCCACCGGCCCUUAAAUAUGACACAAGAUAAUGUUGCCAAAGAAGUUGAUCUGUUGUCAUAUCACUUUAAGGACUGGCAAUUGAACGAUUGGUGUGGAUUUGUCGAAUGAUAUAAAAACGACGCAGUUUACAACUGUUCUGACAAUUAGCAAAGAUUUUUUUUAUAUAUCAAUACAUAAUAAAAAUGUUUAAAUCUACAUCGAUUUAGUGUCCAUUUUUAACUAGAAAUUUUAUGAAUAAUUUAUUGAAGCUAGUCAACAAGUUUCUAAUUCAAACUUCAGUAAUACUAUGAUCAUUAAAUUUUACACAUACAAGUCAUUCUUGUUAUGUAUUUAUCCCAAAUAUUGACUGAUUUAAUUAGACUAUCCAACAUAGGCUGCUAUCAUAUCCUUUUAUAUCCUUUGCCUAUUCGAGUGCUAUAUUAUAAUGGCGACUAUUUAUGAUUAACUUUUGACCUUACCACUUCACACUGUUACUUACCAACACAAGACCCUCAAUCAUUACUUAGUAGCUUCCACAUAUAUAGUUGCCUAAACUGGAUGAUGUGUGACGUGAGUAGGGUUGCGAACUCCAGGCUGGUGUUAGAUACGAGAGAGAAAGCAAUACUGCGUAGCAUCCUACCCAUUUUUUAAAUUACUCAGUGGAUGUAAUAUUUUCCUCCUUCGUCCAGUAUAUUGACCCUUUGCACACACUGCCUAUUUAGUUUUAGUAGUGACUUCCUUGAACAAUUCAGAAGCUAUUGUUGCUUAAAGAAGCGUAAUUUUGUAGAAAACUUGUCGAUUUCAUUUUCGAAUGCCUGCUUUUAUCUUUAUUGCCCCUAAAUACUUGGGUAAUUUUCUCAGGAUGACCGUCUGAUGGUGGAUCAUAGGAAGAUUCUUAAUUCCAUUGGAGUUCAUAAUCAAUCUAUUCUUCAUUGAUGAAAAUUGAAGUUUUUUUUUUUUUAUUUAAUAUCACAUGCAGUUCAUGUAUAACAGAUUCGUUCAGCUGUGACUGGAGCAGUUGAUAAAUUCAUUAGAUACACUACAGUUAAUUUUUUAAUUACCCGUCAACAAGAAUUAAGAACGUAUCCUCCGUGAAUGGGUCAGCAACAACUAUAUGUACUCUAAUUCAUGAACUGGAGGUUCUCAGUCACAAACGGGAGAAUUCUUUAAGAACCGUAUCAACUCUAAAUGCGUAGUUCGCAAAUCUUGUAUAUCAGUUUCUGGGUUCAACGGCUAUAUAAAGCUUCAAGUGGUGGUUUUUUAAAGUAUAG